AGACAACCAUCCCUGGUAAAGUGCCAACCGCAUCAACCGAAAAAUCCAAGUAUUUUAUUACUAAACUUUUUCAUAAUUUUUGUAAUAUUUUUAUAAUUUCGAAUUUUUGCUAGUUUAUUUUAAAUAAUUUGUGUUUGUUUAAGACUGCAGACAAUAAUAAUAAUGAUAAUUGUGCGUAACCUUAUGCAAAGGCAAAUUCGUUCUAUUGCUCGAAUUAAUUUCCAAAAUCAACUCUUCAACACAAAUCCAAUCCAAAAUAGUCGAAGUUUUUCAAUUGUAGCCAACAAUUUGAUAAAAAAUUCAAAUAAAUCAUCAUUCUACUCAUUGAACAUCGAAAGGAGAAGCAUGUCAUCAUCUACAAAUGCAUCCCAUUUUGUGUUGCCUAACACACAGCCAAUUGCAGAUCUUGAAUGCAAAAAUGCAUUUGAGAAUUUAACUGAAAAAGAAAAACUUUAUGCGCAUUACUUUAGCAAAGCCUCUUGGAAUGGUGGUCUUAUUUCUUUGGUACAAUCGAGUCCAGAAGGGCCUUUAAUCUUUAGUUUACUUCACCGGAUCUUCGUUGGAGAGUCUCUCGAUUCUCUUAAAGCAAAAGUGUUGGAAGGAGGUGUCUCUCAAGAUGAUUUUACUGCCUUCCUCGUAUACGCAUGUGGAGUAUUUGCCAAUGCUGGAAACUAUAAAGGCAUGGGCGAUAGCAAAAUCAUUCCAAAUCUCAAACAGUCACAAUUUGAGCAAAUUGUUAAACUUUCAAGUGCCUUCCAAGCCGACAACAAAUUGGCCCAAAUUUUGAAUCAAAUUUCAUCUCUCAUCUACGAAUUGAAGCCACGCAAUGAAGUUUUAGGUCUUGCUCCAUGUGGAAUAACCACAUAUUGGUCUGAUAAUUGUACCAAAGAAGAUGCUGAAAUUGUCUCCAAUUGGCUAACAGAAAAACGUAUUGAACCCUAUAUGUGUCGUACAUUUAAAAUUGUCGAAGAUGGAAAAACAAUUUACGAUAUUAAACUAGCAUCUGUGGCAACAGAUAACAAAGAUGGUAUUACACUUCCUGUGGAAACAUACAAAGGCAAUCAUUUUCGUGUAACUCGUGGUGAUUAUUCAAAACUUUUGAAAUUAGUUAAUGAAAAUUUAAAAAAUGCCCAAAAACAUGCUGCAAAUGAAAAUGAAACAAAAAUGAUUCAACAUUAUAUUGCAAGUUUCGAAGAAGGCAGUUUGCCUGAACAUAAAGACGGUUCAAGAUGGUGGAUCAAAGAUAAGGGACCAGUUAUUGAAACUUAUAUUGGUUUCAUUGAAACUUAUCGGGAUCCAGCUGGUUCACGAGCCGAAUUUGAAGGUUUUGUUGCAAUGGUGAAUAAAGAAAGUUCGGCGAAAUUUGCCGAGUUAGUUAAUCGAGCAGAAAAACUGUGUGAAUAUUUGCCAUGGUCGGUCGAAUAUGAAAAGGAUUCAUAUUUGAAACCAGAUUUUACUUCGUUGGAUGUUUUAACAUUUGCGGGUAGCGGAGUGCCAGCUGGAAUAAAUAUUCCUAAUUAUGACGAAAUCCGUCAAGAUGAAGGCUUCAAAAAUGUAUCUCUUGGAAAUGUUUUAGCAAAUAUCAAUCGCAAAGAUCCAAUACCAUUCCUAUCAGAAGAAGAUCAAGAGCUUUUCAAAGAUUUCAAAGUGAAAUCGUUCGAGGUUCAAGUAGGUCUGCAUGAAUUGUUAGGUCAUGGCAGUGGUAAACUAUUCCGUAUCGAUGAAAAUGGCAAAUUUAAUUUUGAUCCAGAAACAACGAGAAACACACUAACCGGUGAACCAAUUAAAACUUGGUAUGUGCCUGGUGAAACAUACGAUUCAAAAUUCGGAGCAUUAGGUUCGUCUUAUGAAGAAUGUCGUGCCGAAGCUGUUGGACUCUAUUUGUCAUUGCAAAGAGAUAUACUUGAUAUCUUUGGAUAUAAAGAUCCCAAAGAACAAGAAACCAUAAUUUAUAUCAAUUGGCUUAGUCUGAUUUGGAAUGGAAUGGGUGUUGCAUUGGAAAUGUUUAAUCCACAAUCAAAGACAUGGAUGCAAGCACAUAGUCGUGCACGAUUUGUUAUUAUGCGUGUUUUGCUUGAAGCUGGUGAUGGUCUGGUUACCAUUGAAGAAACAGAAAAUGGCAAAAAUUUACGUUUGACCGUUGAUCGGACAAAAAUUGAAACUGUUGGCAAGAAGGCCAUUGAAGAGUUCCUUAUGAAGCUGCAAGUGUAUAAAUCAACAGCCGAUAUAAAUGAGGCAACAAAAAUGUACGAACACUAUUCGGAAGUGUGUGUUGGUGGAUCUCAUCCAUGGGCUAGAUGGCGUGAUAUUGUAUUGUUGCAUAAAAAACCUCGUAUUAUUCUUGUUCAAGCAAAUACCGAAAUUAAAAAUGAUAAUGUUAAUUUGGUUACAUAUGAAGCCUCACAUGAGGGCUAUAUUAAAUCUUGGGUUGAUCGUUUCCCAAGUACUGAUGUUGAUGAUAUUCUUGAAGAAAUUAGCGCAAAUGAUCGCAAAUAUUUCCCAUUGGCCUUUUCUCAAGCAUAAGAACACAAUAUCUUGUAAAUUAGAGCAUUUUUUUUUUUAAUCUAUAAGCUUUAUAUUAACAAAAAAAAUCAAAUAAAUGUAUUUCAUUUUAA